AUGAUGCUGGAUCAGGACCCACAAUCUCUUGACGCCGCGGUGCAGAACACGCUCUCAGGGCUGUUCCCUCCAUUCGACGCCACCGCCCCGACCGUCCUGAGCCAGCUGUUCCGCGUCCUGGAGGCCAGAUACCAUGGGGACGGGCUCUGUUGCCUCCUGGACUUCCUCAUCCCUUCCAAGCGCCUCCUGGAGCACGUCCGGCAGGCAGCCUGCGCUCCUUACAUCAGCUGUGUUUUCCUCCACGAGGGCUGGCCGCUCUGCCUCCACGAGAAAGUGGUGGUCCACCUUGGCCCACUGAACCCCCUCCUCCUGCGCCCGGGGGACUUCUACCUCCAAGCAGAGCCCUGUGGAGAACAAUCGGCCUGCUUGGUCGUGAAAUGUCUCUCCAAGGACCUGACCACCGUUGAGGAGAUCCCUCUCCCCGAAGCCUCCUGCUCCUUCCUCUUCACCAAGGAGUGGCUGGAGGAAAUCAACCAAGACCUGGACCGGCCUGCCCUGCGAACUUGCCUGGUGGCCACCGGAAAUGGCAUUGUCCCCAUUCCAUGGGGCAAAAUAGCCACUCCGGAAUUUGUCGACGUGCCCAAAAUUGGGAGUUUGGAGCCGCCCGGAUCCUCUUGCUGCCCUGAAGUGUACGGCAAGCUGAAUUCACAGCAACCGAGCAAGACCGUGACAGGGUUUGGGAAUGCUGGCAGCAGCCCUGAUGGGAGUUGGAGGCCCCCUCAGGGGAAGUAUCCUGGCCUCAUCAAGGUAGAGCAAGGAUCCUGGAGAAAAUCCACCUUGUUUGUUGUGCCAAGUCUUUGUGAUAUUAUCAGUGAGAAUCUGGAAGGAGAGUAUGUGAAUCUCCUCGGAUUUUCUGGAGAGAAGGACGCGGAUUUUUCGGCCAAGUCAGAAGCGCCGUCAGCGGCUGAAGGACAGCAUCAGGGAGAAGUGUCACCCUGGACCAAGAAAGGUCUCGUUUGUGUGAAUGGAGAGGGCACAGUGACCCUAGAAAGCUGGGACUGCAGGAAAGCUCCAGACUCAGAGGAGGGUCCCUGCACACCGUGUCUGAGAAGGAAACUGAGCCCAGACCCCAAAGUCCACGAGCCGAGAUGUCGGUAUCGCGACUCGUAUGUGGCUGCCCUCAAGAACCCUGUCAACUUCAGCUCAGGAUUGAUGGCGGCCAUCUUGGAGGAGAUUGAUGUGGCCCAACAGGUCUCUCACUUGGCAACCCCAGACACGAAGCCUCCUGAGGGGUCACACCAGGCAGCUACCGGGGUCCCCCCUGAGCAUCCAAAGAAGGACGGGAAAGCUGAGGAGCCUCCCAAACAAGGGCCCUCGGAGGUUCUCAAGCCUCCCGCAGACAACUGCCCCACUGCCAGUAACCGAUUCUCUUGCCGGAAAGGCCAUCGUCAACUGGCCUCCUCUGGGGGUGGCCCCUCGGGGCCAGAGAAAGCCGGCAAAGGGCAGGAAGGACCUCGGAAAAAGACCCUGACUGUUUGCUCUCCCCGAAUGGGCCGGGGGAAAGCAGCUGUGGGGAAAGGCUCCAGUCAGGUGGAUGCAGGGUUUUCAGAACUCCCAACUCUGCGGAUCACAGAAAGGGACCCAGCAAACACUUCCAGCACCGAGUCCUUGCUUAAAGAAUUGCUCUCUUCAGGAUCUCAGCCUUGGGGGAGUGUUCAGUGGGAGUCACUGAAUCCUGAGCUGUUAUCUUCUGGGGUCGUGUGUCUGCCAGGCAACACAGAUAAGCUGGGCAGACCCAUCGUCCAGAUCACCACCAGCGGCAGAGUGUGGCAGGCCCCCUCGGGCUCAGCCCGGGAAGUGACCCAGCUUCUCCUCCAUUUUUGCUCCGUGUCCAGGAAGUCAUCGAAGGACAUGGGGUUAACGAUUCUCAUCGAUGCCAGAAAAGAGCCCCCCUGCCCGUCCCUCUCUGCAGCCCUGGGAGCGAUCCAGAAGGCCUUGCCCGGUUGCAUCCAUGCCGUCCUGCUCUUGGCCGAGAAGGAGGCGGCGUCACACCUGGAGAGGUUCCCCGGUGUACAGGUGGAGGUGCUGAGCUCCCUGAAGGCUUUAGCCCGGCACGUGGACAACAGCCAGCUGACCCCAGAGGUGCUGAGCUCCCUGAAGGCUUUGGCCCGGCAUGUGGACAACAGCCAGCUGACCCCGGGCUUCGAUGGCCAGUUCCCCUAUUGCCACCAGGAGUGGAUCCAGUACUUCCAGAAGUUCCACCCUUUUGUCCGUGGUCUCACAAAGGCCUCCGAGGUCUUGCAGAGGACCACCCGGGAACUGGAGAAGGAAAAUGCACUCGAGACCUCACAGGCCGUGGAAGAGCAACUGGACUGCCACCGGCAGCUGAUGCAGGAGGUUCUGUGCGAUGUGCAGCUGAUGAACUUGCAGAGGGAAGGGGGAGCAACGCUCGCCAGGCUGAGGAAGGAGGCCACUCGGCUCAGCUUUUGCCCUCCGGUCCGGAACAGCAUGGACCUCGCCUUGGGCCUCUACGGGCUGGUGGAGGACGAGGUUCACCGCCUGGUGGCCAAAUCCAACAGCCGCUUGGAGCACCUGCAGUUCCUGCUGAAGGUCCGGCAGCUGGAGGCAGAAUUUCACAAGCUCAGCGUGUGGUUUGAUGAAGAAGGAGAACCGGAGCUUCGUGGGGUGGGGUCCGCGGAGGGCGGCCGGGAGAAGGCCGAAGAAUCCUACCGACGGUUUAAGGAGAUCUUCAAAGAAGCCACGGUCCAUUACAACCAUGGGCUAUCUCUCUCGAAGGAAGCUGCCAAGGUCCAAGGCUCCCACUUCCCAGAGUUGGGGGCCUUCGAGGCGGCCAAGCGAGCUUUCCAGGCCAAGCUGACCACCUUCUACAUGGCCAUGCAGACGAAGGAGGCUGAGCUGGAGACCUACCUGGACCUGUGCAGGUUCUCUGACAAGGUCACACAGUUUAACCUGGACUGCAAGGAACACCCGGCCUUACGGACGCCCAGGCAAAACGAGCCCGUGAGCCCAGAACUCCAACGAGAAGCAGAAAACCUUCUCCGCCGGCUCUCGGGGGAGUUUUCGGCUGAGACGUUCCAGCAGAUGAAGAUCCAAGCUUCCAGCAUGUGCAACGGAAGCGGGCUUGCGGUGUGGAGAGAAGCUCUGGAGAGGUGCCAAGAAGCCAAGCAGAUUCUCGAAGACGGCCUGGCAAGAUUCAAGAAGGACAAGAUGGAAGGCUUGGGGCAGGGCCCCGCUCCUGAAGUCUCCAGCAAGGAAACUUGCGUGGAGGGGCCCUCGGCGAGAAUCAAGGAACGAGAAGAGAUGUUGGACAGCCGGAGCAGGAGCGACGUUGGGUCUGUGGACAGAACUGGCCGUCAUUCGCUGGAGGGUUCCUUGAGUGGUGGUUUAGCGAAGGAUGUGCAGGAAAGCGAGGAGACCUAUCUGGUUUCUUUGGGUGCCAGUCUGGAAUGGGGAGGCCCUGAGACUGCCGAGGGCUUGGAACCUCUCCCCCCGACCGCUGAGAAUUCACCUCCAGCCUCUCCCGCCCCUGCCUCUCGUCCUAGCGCCGGGCAAGUGCCAGGGGCCUGCGAGACCCUCCCUCCCCUCAAACAGCCUUGUGCAUCCAUGCCAGCCAGGGGUCAGAAGAACCGGAGAAAAGAAACAACCCAGUACUUCCAGCUCUCCAGACACGAGAGCUUCUCCUCGGAAGACACCGAUUCCCAGCACUCUGCCGAAGAGGCCCUGGGCUCCUCCACCACCUUGCCCGUGGACCUUCUGGGCCCCAAAGGGGGCUGGGCUCAGGAAAAGGCGGCGGGCAUCCUCUAUCUGGAGAACCACCGCACGAGCCCCCUGCCCCACACGGCCGCUCAAUAGGGCCAGAGAACUGAGGGGCUGGUAAUCAAGAAUUCUGCCCCAAAAGCUGUGCCAGUGGACCUCUUUGCUUGGGAAGCCUCGGUGCUCUGCUGGGCUGCAUGUACAGGAAAGCCUUUGUUAGUGGGCGGGGGGUGGGGUUGUACAGUUUUACAGGUGCUUCAUAUCUCCGGCCUGUAACUUGGUCUGUGCCAGCCGGCUCGUUUCAUCUCGUUUCUCAUGGUUCUCCUGCAAGUGUGACAAAGGAAAUUGCUCUUCAAUCUUUGGCCUCACCCAGACCUGGCUGAGACACACCUGAGGGAGAGCCCGGCUCCCCCCCCCAAGGCCCCCUAACCCCAGGUUCUGCCUAUAAGGCACACACUCAACAGCUGCAUGAUGACCAUUGGCUUUUAUUUACAGGGGCUGCCCUCAGCUCUCCUCUGAAAGAGACAGGCCACCUUGUUUUAAUGCUGGACCCAAUUGGUGAGAGCCAGCGUGGUGUAGUGGAUAGACUGGUCGGCGAAGAGGCAGGAGGCCUGGGUUCAAAUCCCCCGCUCGGCCACAGAAACUCAGAGAGGGAGUGGCACGCCUGAAAUAUCUCCCUUACCUCGAAAACCCUAUUAAGGUUGCCACGUGUUAGCCGUUAGAUGCGACUUGAUGGCAGACAACAUAAUGCACCAAUUCACACGACCGUUUUGAACUGAAGUGACGUCAUAGGGAAAGUGGCUUUUUAAAAUAUUCACAAUUGAUGGUACACCAAGCUUGUUAUGUUGGUUGCAACUAAAUCCCAUGGAACCACAGAAAAGUUACGUUGGAAGGGGCCUAUAAAGGCCAUGCAGUCCAGCCCCCUGCUCAACGCAGGAAUACCAUCAAA